AUGACCAUAAUACGACGUCCAUUGGCGCUGCGGCGUUAUGUUUGCACCCCUUGUGCAAAAUCAUGGGACCAAGCAAGAUUAGGUUUGCAGAGCAGCGAUCGGAUACAGCGACGCUACAAGUAUUAUAUAGCUCCAGCAGGAGAGCAAGCUCGGCCAAUAACUGGUUUCUAUGCAGAAAUGCUGAAGAAAGCCCCAUCACAAGCCCCAACAGCUUCGAACGAUAUGUCAAACGAUACAGCUCCUCCAGCCCCGUCGACUUCGCUGCCCAAAGAUCCUCCGAAAUCUCAGAAGGAAAUCACGCUCGAAAGGGCCCGUACUGUCUUCGGUUCGAAGCCUGGUGUGCGCGAACGCAGGAUCGAGAUCGAAGCUGCCUCGAAGGAAGUUGCUGGUAUUAGUGUGCCACCUAAGCCGACCGAGCCGGACAAUUGCUGUAUGUCAGGGUGCGUCAAUUGUGUAUGGGACAUGUAUCGCGACGAGAUGGAGGAGUGGGCAGAGCAAAGCGCGAAAGCACGAGUAGCAAUACAAGCUAGGAGAGAGAAGGCUGAAAGCAGCGAUAGCAUGGUUGCAGAGCAAGGAUCUCCAAGCCGUGUUGCUGUUAGUAUGGACGAUGAUGGUGGGGGGAGCGAGACGAACUGGACUGAGGGUUCGAGCGAAAACAGGUUGUUCGAUGAUAUACCUGUGGGUAUAAGAGAGUUUAUGAAGACAGAGAAGAAAUUGAAGCAGCGGCAUAAGGUGGGGGAAACUCCAGCCUGA